UGGGCCGGAUAGGAAGGCCUAAUACGAGUGAGUGGGCCUAUUACAUCAUGGUCCUCGUGGAUAAUUGGGCCGAUAAAAUGGGCCGCGUGGGCGGUGGAGUCGAAACGUCCCGCCGCCGCCGCGGCCGUCGACUGCGCCGGCGAACUCCGCGUUCUCCGGAUGCGCCGCGCCGCGGGGUGGGGGAUUUUUUGCGACGUGGAGUUCGCGCCGCGCGACGCCGGAGGUUUCGGACGGCUUAUGAAGUUGCUGAACUGGGAUGCGACCAUUUUUUUUCUCCGAUUGAAUUUUGAAGCAAUUCAGUGCAAAGGUAAAUGGCAGGGAUUUGCAAUUUGAGAUGCUAAUCUUUUGUCCCUGCAAGGUGAAUUUCGCAACAUUUCUGUGCAAGGUAGUGGCAUGAAUUUGCAAUUUGAUAGACUAAUAUGUGUCCCUGCGAAAGUUGAAUAGUUGAAACAAUUUUGUGCAAGCUGUUGGAUAUGCUUUGGAUCGGUUUGGCACAAAGUGGAACCACAAAUUAAAAUAGGUUUGGAUCAUACCUUGAUCUCCCGGAGUUCCCAUUUCUCUGUUGUUUGUUCUUCUUUCUUUUCCUCUUGUUUGGAAGCACAGAGAGGAGAGAGAUGUGCUAUGGCUCUUCCCUGUGUUCUCAGUGGGUUGCUAGAUCGGGUAGCGAGAGAAAUCUCUUAGGGUUUAAUACUUAGGUGUUGAUUUCUAUUUAUAGCCACUGCACACAGGGGGAACCGACACUAGUGGAGGCGGUAAAUCCCCCGAUCAGGGACUUUCUUGAAGGGGCGAUCACUGUAGCGAUUGCCCUAAAAAAUCUUUCUUGCCGACUUUGGUUUAGCCGCAAGAUCACAUUUGUGUUCACAGUAACACAAGCUAGUGCCAUGAAUUUGCAAUUUGAUAGAUUAAUCUGUUGUCCUUAUCGAAGUGUCAAUUUAAGUUUUGAAUGGUUUCUUUACCUCAAAAAAAAAAAAGUUUAUAAUGGUUUCAUUUACAUUCAGUACCUUGGUAGUACCUGGCAAUAUUAUUGGUCAUUGCUCAAGAUAAGUGUUGAAACAUGAUCAUGUAUAGGCUUGAUUACUGACCGGAUAUAUAGGUUUCUUGGUCUCAUUUCACAAGUCUUUGCACACCUUAAUUGAGACGUUUAGUAUAUCUGCAUCACAUGGCAUGUAAUCCAGUCUUACUCACGACUACCAUGUUGCAAUGGGUGGGUAUGCCACGUUUUGGGAGUAAUGCAUGCUUAAUUCUCUCUUGCAUGAAGUAAUCUAUUAAUGAAACCAAAUGAGGCGCCUUAACUCGCCAAUUAAUGGAAACAUUAAACUCUAUUUAGUCGUGGUGUUUAAGUUUAAGGGCCAAUACGUUCUUGUCUAGAUAUAUUAUGACAUGUUAUGCCUGUGUCUCCUCCCCUGAAAGAUGCAGGCAAAGAGGGGCCAUAUUUUUCAAUCUCUCUCCCCACCCCCUGACUUGAGCUUCUGAAAUCCACCAUGGAUUUCAGUUGCUUGCAGCCACAUUCAGGAGGUUGUGAUGAUAUGCCAUUUGAUUCCUAUGUGCAGCAAAAUGGCCAUCAGGAGCUCCAUCUUGUUGAUCAUCCAUUCAACAAUGUCACUGACGGCCAUGAAUACUAUUCUCCAUCUGCUGGUGGAUCUUUUCUUCCCUUUGCAACCUACUAUGAUCUUGGCCAUGAGUACUACCCUCAAGGAGGAGAAAAGGAUGCUGUCGUCGUCGAUCGGGCUUCGCCGACUAUUCGUAAAGCUUCGCCUCACCUGCCUCUCUUCACACCUAAAUCUGAGGUUUCUCAUCUCAUAGGAGGCGGUGUCGUUGGAUCAUAUAAGGCAUUUGAGAUGAAUUCUAGGCUUAUCCGGCGCAAAAGGGCUUCGGGUAAGUCUCUGAAGAAGGCUAAUGUUGUCAAAGGCCAGUGGACAUUGGAAGAAGACAGGAAGCUUGUGAAAUUAGUCGAACAGUUUGGACUAAGGAAGUGGUCUCACAUUGCUCAAAUUCUUCCUGGAAGAGUUGGCAAACAGUGCAGAGAAAGAUGGCACAACCAUUUGAGGCCUAACAUCAAGAAAGAUACAUGGAGUGAAGAGGAAGACAUAGUUCUAAUCCAAACACACAAAGAAGUGGGCAACAAAUGGGCAGAGAUAGCUAAGCACCUGCCUGGUAGAACAGAAAACUCCAUCAAGAAUCACUGGAAUGCAACAAAGAGAAGGCAAUUCGCACGGAGGAGGAGCCGCGCUAGCUCCAAGAACCCCAAAUCUGGAACCCUUCUGCAAAACUACAUCAAGAGCCUUGGAAUUGGUCCAAUCAAGUCAAGUGUUCGUCAAGCUCCACCAGAAUCUACUGCAGUGUCAUCGUCUUCACCAGCAUCCACACAAAAGUUAGCAGAGGUGAAUGGUAAGAUCAGGCCAGAUUCCAACCCAUCCAACCAAAUGGUCACCCAGGGAAUACUCACCAUGGAUGAGAACAGCUACAUCCAGACCAACUCUUGUGAAGAACUCCUGGUCUCUACCUAUGAUGAUUUAUGCCUUGAUAUGUGUGAUCAUUUGUUCGAAACGAAGGACGAGAUGCCGUACCAGGUUUACAACAUAGAUGAUGAUGUUGACAUGAACUACAUCUUCAACCACAUUGAUUAUGCUAACAAGAUUGGCCAUGAGAUAGAUAUGGAAAUGGCAUGGGACGAUGAUGUCCUCCAAGACGAUGAAUCAGCUGGAUCAUCACCAUUGGAGACACCGGCAGGUCUAGCACAAAUCAAUACCGUGCAUGUGAAGGAGGAGAUGGAUCUAAUUGAGAUGGUCACACGCACACAAUCUUGUGGCUAGUGGAUGAGAAAAUAAGCAGUGAUGUAACUAUGUGUGCUACUAAAUACACAUUACACGACCUUUCGGAGUGCAACCUGGGGAACCUAUAUGGUGAAGAAAUAUUAGAAAAAUAAGAAAAACAAACAUGUAUGGGUUCGAACGAAGCACUUGAUUAUAUAUUAUAUUGUAACUAAUAUUCUAAGUUUUUCUCUU